UGGCACAUGUUCAUGCAUCGUCACACUCAUGCCGCUUAUGCCACUCAGAAGUACGGUACAUUGUUUUGUGUUAAACAGUGGGUCUGUUUGCGUUGCGACAAUAUAUAAAUUUAAAAUAAAAAUGGUGCGGUGUAUUGUUAAAAGUUGUAGGAAUAAAACAACGGGGGUUCGUGAGGAAACUGUGAAUUUUUUUCAGCUACCGAAAAAUGAAGUGAUGCGGGAAGGAUGGCUGAAAAAAAAUAGGAGGCUAUGUUUUACCACCAAAAGUUGAAUUUGCAAGGAUAUGCUCGGUUCAGUCAAGAGUCCUUUCAUCAAGGUCGAGCACGGAAAGACCCUGUUAAGAAACGUCACCUACUACCAUCGGCUGUGCCAACGUUAUUUUUGAAUUGUUCAGAAGCUCCAAAUGUAAACAAGAAUGCGGUGGCUGAACCCGCUGAACCAAAUCUCAAAUUCAAUAUCCUCCGACGAGAAUUCCCACUAGUUGUCAAUUCUGAAAGAAGAAUAGGAUCUUCAAAUACAACUUCACCAACAACUUCUUAUGUAGUUGUAGAAGACAGCAUUGUAAAUAUUAGUACGCCAAAAGGAAUACAUAGGAGAAGUGACUGGUUGGAUGCAAAUGUCGACAUUGAAGAAAGUCCACCGGUGGCAUCUGGCCCUGAAAGACGAGUAUGCAAUUCAUCACCAAGAAGGUCUGUGGCAAGAAGACAUGACCGUUUACAAAAUACUCCACAUUUGACGAGACUUGCAAGAAGUAAACACCGUCGACAAAGCAGCAGUGAUCCACUGAGUCCAGCAUGGAAGCGUCGAAAACGGUUCCUCAUGGACAAUUGCACCGGCCAAACCUCUCAGAAGAAGGCUACACAUUCGCAUGUCGCAGAUGACGUAGACGCUGAACUUCGUCACCGACGUUCUUUGAGUAACUUUUUCAAAAAGUCUCUCUGCGAUGCUUCAGCGGCAGUGACUUCUGUUGUACAGGAAUGUGCCGAGUUGAAAAUGAAACUGAAGGCAAAGAUUGAGGAACAGUCACUUUUCAUAAAAGAGAAUAAAGAUCUAAAAGAGAUCAUCGAUUGUUUGAAAAAGCAGUUACAGGAAGCAGAAGCCGAAAAAAAACGAAUGUCUUGUGCGAAGGAGGAAUACGUUCGCGAAGUAUUGUCUCCUUACUUUACUGCUGGACAAAUUCGGUGCAUUCUAGAAAAACGAAAAUGGAUUCAUUGGUCCUUUUACAAAUAAAAGUUGUUAUACUAA